AUGCCUGCCACCGAGCUUACGAAUAUAUCGGCAGUCGAAGAUGCGAUCGGUUCCAUCGAUCCUAACAAACCGGUGUACAUGCUCAACAUUUUAAAAUUUCACCCCGUCGCUGUUUACGACACUACUGCCCCCGCCGAUAUCCUCUCCCUACCCGCUUGUAGCGGUCGAGAUGCAUGGCAACAACGCUACGUGCCCGCCUUUUUCGCUCUCCCGACGAUGAACGGGACUCGUGUCCCGUUUUCAGGCAGAAUGGUUGGCAAGGUGCUAGGACUGGAGGACGAUGAUUGGGAUGAAGUGGCUAUUGUGCAAUACGAGAACAUUGGAGUCUUUAGAGACACAAUCGCGAGCCAAGAGUACAAGCGAUUCGUGGUGCCACACCGAGUUGCCGCCCUGGCUGAUGCGCGAUUGUUCGCUUUGGAGUUUUCAGGCUCUCUUUGA